AUUUUUCUGGGUUUUUUGCACUUCUAGUUAGAUGCAAACUGCAUUUUGUUGUCUUUGUACUUGUACUCUGCAAAAUGACAAAGUUAUCUAAUCUAAUAGUGCCAACUAUUUGUGUAUAUUCUGCAAGUAAACUUUACUAUCCAACAUAAAGUACCCUUUACAACUCAAAGUAAGGGUAACUCAUUUAACAGUAGUAAAUACAACUUUGUUUCAAGUAAGCUUUACUUGAGGGCAUGAAGUAAACUUUACUAGUUGGAAGUAAGUAACCAGAACUUUAAAGUCUUAAGUAAGGAUAACUUCUUCUAAGUAAGCAUUACUUGUAGACAUCAAGUAAACAUAACUUGAAAGAGAAAAGUUUUGUUUACUUAACUUAUUUAAGGCAACGAGUUUCCACCCUUUUUUCAAGUAACCAUUACUUUAUUAUUUUUUACAGUGUGGGGAAGCUCAUGGACUGCGCAUACUAUAGCAGCAAAGGUGUAACUGCUGCUACAGCACAGCACACCGAGGGCUUACUGAGGCCCAGACCAUCUCCGACUACCUCCAUGAAGCUCCCUGUGGCAUAAAACCGCAGGGCAGCCAACACCUGCACUGUUGGGGUGGGCUUGACGUGCAUCUGUCCUGACUUGGUCUCCCAGCAAGUUGUGACACCUGGCCCUCUUGAUUGGCUGACAGUAGCACGAAGCAUUGGACCUCGGCAGACAUUUUUUCACCCCCCCCCCCCCCUUUUCUACCCCCUCCUCUGUUCCCUCUCUGUUUCUCUCUCCCUGUAUCACCAGCCCUGACGGAGGAGGGGGGUGGGCCUGGGUGUUCGGGAGGAUAAAACAGCCCAGCAUGGGGCAGAAGGUUCCGGGAGGCAUCAAAGCGGUGGACAUGCGUGACCCGGCGCUGCGGCCCCUCAAGCUGGAGCUGCAGGCGCAGGACUACGCCAAGCCCUCACGGCUGGACAUGCUCUUGGACAUGCCGGGGGCAGGAGCGGACAUUCAGGUGCAGCACUCGUGGAACAAUGAUGACCGCUCGCUCAACAUCUUCGUCAAGGAGGACAACAAGCUCGUCUUCCACCGUCACCCGGUGGCGCAGAGCACAGACGCCAUCCGCGGGCGGGUGGGCUACACGCGCGGCCUACACGUCUGGGAAAUCCACUGGGCCAUGCGGCAGCGGGGCACGCACGCCGUGGUCGGCGUGGCCACUGGCGAGGCGCCGCUUCACUCGGUGGGCUACACGGCGCUGGUGGGCAACAACCAGGAGUCCUGGGGCUGGGACCUGGGUCGGAACAAACUCUACCAUGACGGGAAGAACCAGCCCAGCAAGACCUACCCAGCCUUCCUGGAGUCCGACGAAACCUUUCUAGUGCCGGACUCGUUUCUGGUGGUGCUGGACAUGGACGAGGGCACGCUGAGUUUUAUGGUGGACGGACAGUAUCUGGGGGUGGCUUUCCGGGGACUGAAGGGCAGGAAGCUGUACCCUGUAGUUAGUGCGGUGUGGGGACACUGUGAAAUAAGGAUGCGGUACAUCAAUGGGCUUGAUCCGGAGCCACUGCCUCUGAUGGACCUAUGCCGGCGCUCGGUGCGCGUCGCGCUUGGACGGGAACGUCUGAGCGAGAUUCACGGACUGCCUUUGCCAGCCUCUCUCAAGAACUACCUGCUCUACCAAUGAUGCUGGGAGUGCCUUUACCUCAGCACCUGGCAUACCUCUCUCUCUCUCUCUCUCUCUCUCUCUCUCUCUCUCUCUCUCUCUCUCUCUCUCUCUCUCUCUCUCUCUCUCUCUCUCUCUCUCUCUCUCUCUCUCUCUCUCUCUCUCUCUCUAGGAUUUUAUUUCUUUGACUCUGGAUUUGGUACAAUACUUCUGUUUUUUUAUUUUUUUUAAACAAAGUCUGACCCAGGACUUUUCUCGUCCAAUGUUUCUGACGUGUUUACAGUCACAUACUGAUGAUCAUGUACUGGAAUCUUUUUUUUUUUUUUUUUGUAGUAUCAAACAAAAGCUUAUUGAACACUGUACAGGCACUGGUCCAAGACAUCUGCAAAACAAAAUGGCCUCUUCUCGAGUCUCACACCUGUCAGUGUGUUGAAAGUGCAAUGAGCUUUGGUGGAGUCCCAUCCAUGGCUGCCAUGGCCUCCUCAUCCUCCGCCCUUCAUCCCCCUUGCUUCAUCCAUUUUGUUUUUCCUUUUUUUAAAAGCCGUUCCAGUUGUGCAGAAUGGAUAUGAUGUCAUGGUCAUAUGAUGUGCCCGUCUGGUACUAUCUGACAUGCUUGUGUGGCUGAUCAUUGGUAUUUCUAUCUGCUGGCACUAUGUCUUGCCUUUAGUUAGUUAUGAGUUAUUUGUAAAGCAGUAUGAUGCCUAUGAGGCAUGCUAGUCUCUUUUGGUCACUACAUGCCAAACUGCUGGCUAAAAAUGGUUCAUUUGGACUGGGACACAAUUUUAAGCCCAUAAGAUGCCAUUUUCAAAAGUGGUACUUUCAUUUUUAAUACCCCAUAUAGACAUGAUGCACGUACACACGCCUCUUGUCAUUGUAUAUGCAUUAAAUUUGCUACCGUAGGGUAAAGAGUACAUCAUGCUUAUUCUUAGAUGUAUACGAACAGUGGGUGGGGAACUGUUUGUAGAUGUGGAGGGGAGCGCUGGUGAGGUGUAACAAUCUCCCAGCAGUUUACUCGUCCACCACGGGGCCAAGCUAGCCCUGCCUCUCUGGACUAUGAGGUAGCUCCAGGGUGGACAUUUCCUCCUUCUCCCCUCCCCACUCCCUUCUCACCCCUGGCUACACUCCCCAUACCCUAGUGUUCAGGUUCCCACUGCAACAUAAGUGCCUGUAAGUGUAACACCAGAGCAUUACUGGGAGGGGGGUAGUUUUUAAGGAAACCAUUUUGAAAAAAAAAGUGCUUUUCAAAAGAAUGAUUGAAGGAUUAUGUCACUGUGAAAAUUUGUAGCAUCCUGUCGCUCCUGGAUGUAAGUUGCACAGCUUUCAUCCAUGCCCAGCAUCACCCCACCCCACCCCAUCUUAUCUUUUUAAUGUGUCAUGAAAAAUUAAUGUACAAUCACUUGAUCAAUGGUUUUUAAUCAUUUAGCCCAUCUUGGAUGUCUAAAGAUAGUGUGUGUGUUGUGUUUUUUUUUUUUUUUUUUUUUUUUUUUUUUCUCUCUUUGUUUUCAUAUGUUGGGAAAAAGUGUAUUGAUACGACCAGGGUCUACGAUAGGCCAAGGCCAGGACUAUAUGUAGGCAAUCUUGUCACCAAAUGCUAUUUCAGUUCAAUGGAGUUUUGGUGGCAACAUUGCACUCUGUUUGUUUUUGACACUGUCAUUGGGUGGCUCACUCUCGAUCCAUUUGAGCCAUUUGAUAUUUCUCUGUCUGGGGUGAGGGAUUGGAUGAUUAGGAACUUGUUUCUGUGAUCAUACGAGAGGCCUGUUUUAAACUUGAUGCAGAGAUGGUGAACGUUUGCCAAGAUAUAGUAAUGUUUUUUUUGUUUCCUUUUUAUUUUGUUUGUUUUUAAUUCCUCUUUCUCUCUCUCUCAGACUUGUUUUGUCAUUCAUAGGCUUUUUUAAAAUGAAAAUUGCAGAAUGCCAGCUGUGGUUUGAGUUCAUGUAAUUGAGUAUGGACGACUGAGGUGCUGGCCGCAUUUAAUAGCCCCUCUCUGCCUGCAGGUGAUCAUUCUCUCUUGUAUUCAGUGAUGUAGAUAAUGUUAACUCUAAUAAAGUUUAUUAUAAAUUA